ACACACACUCACUCGCUGUCAUCAGAUCGAGCAUCCAAUCCAGAAAAACCAGAGCAAUCCGCACGUGAGGCCGUGAGCAAUGGAGGCGGCGAAGGAGAGGCGGGAGCAGCAGGAGCGGAAGGCCACCGGCGCCGGCGAGGGGGGCGACUCGGUGCAGCUGCCGACGGAGACGAGCCCGUACGUGCAGUACAAUAAGGACGACGGCCUGGAGGACUACAAGAUGCGUGCCUACGGCGCGCAGGGCCACCUCCCCGUCUCCGACGUCCCCCACGGCUCCGGCACCGACGCGCCCACCAUCCCUGGCACCGCGCUCCCGACGCAGCACCUGAAUCUGCACGGGCGCCAGCAGACGCAGCGGGGUGCCCAGGGAGGAGGCGCUGGCGUUCGCCGCACCGACGACGACGAGGCUGCCACCGACGCCAUCAACCGCCACGGCGUGCCGUAGUUCAUGGCUAGGCUGUCUAGCUAGCUUGAGGAGGUUAUCCACGUAGUGCUCAGUGCCGCGUGGGGAAAAAUGAAUAAAGUGGUAAUGUAAAAUCGCUGGCAAAGCUUGUCUACAGCAUAGUGUAACACUGUAACAGUUUGCGUCCAGAAAAAACAUCUUCCAAGAGCUUUGAGCUUCCAACUUGCACUG